AUGUACUACUUUUCUGCAUAUUUGUCGAUAUUUUUGGCAGUGAUACUAACGCCAUUUUUGAUUCCAAUCCGGACAAAAUCGGUCAUUAUUCACAGAAUCAAAGUGGUACUCAGCAUAUGUCUUGUUAUAUCAGUUUUGGUGAGUUUGACUCCAGAAAGAGCCGUCAGUGGUCCUCCUUUUCAUGAGUUUGGUCAAGCCAGAAUUGCUCUCUACAGUUGUUCAUAUCAAAUUGAAACCAGAGCAUCUUUCUGUGAACCUAACCCAUUCCGUUCCAAGUGUUUCUGCUCCAACGAGAAUGCUCGAGCGACUAUUGCUCAUUGCUACUAUUCCGGCUUCAAGUCUCUGAUCAAAGACUUUACUCGCAUGUGCCAUGAUUCGUUCAAUAUUUCUCUCACGGAAGAAGAUAUGGCCAGGAGUCACCAGUACUACUUGGAGCAUGCCCAGAGGCCACAGGGACCUUCGGUGAUUAUGGAUACUCCUAUAUUACUUGAGGAAACUGAUAUACAACUGUACAAAGAUGCCUAUGAGCAAUUUUUGGGUAAUUACGAUCUCUCAGUAAUUUACGGAGAGGUUCUCGUUGGCUUUUGGAUGCUAGUGUUUUUGUUGGCAGCUGCUGGAAAUUGGGGAAAAAUCAUAUUUCCAAAACUUUUCACUCGUUCGACUGGUUCCUUGACCAAUUGGUUCAGGCGCAAUAUUUCCUUGCCAGCAACCAGGGGUACCAAGAAAACUACCGAAAAACCAUUUCUCAAAUGUCUUGACAUGCUUGUGCCAACCAGAGCUGAAUCUUUGAUUUUGGCUACAUUUGUGAUCAUCACCACCUUUUUUGUGUUCCACAAUAUCCACUACAAUGACGGCAACCCUCUAUUCCACCACAAGAAUAACGCACUCUUGAGAUACCACGCUGUUAGAACCAGUAUUCUAGCCAGUGAAAUGAUGCCGUUGCUAAUCUUAUUUGGAGGAAGAAACAAUUUUCUUCAAUGGGUAACGAGAUGGGAUUAUUCUACGUUUAUCACGUUCCAUCGGUGGGUAUCUCGAGUCAUCGUUAUAUUGGUUCUCAUUCAUACUGUGUGCUACUCGUUGUACCUGAGAAGCAUCCUCACAGACUUCGAAGCUUAUAUCAUUGCUGGAGGAUUGGCAAUUAUUGCUGGAGUAUUUAUUCUCAUUCAAGGUCUUUUGGUUCUUCGAAGACGUUGGUACGAAAUGUUCCUUCUUAUCCACAUCUUUCUCGCAGCAGUAUUUGUCUUUGGUGCUUGGUAUCAUGUCAAUGAUCUUUACUGCUUAUGGUUCUACUAUUACUCGGCAGUAAUAUGGUUAUUUGAUAGAGUUAUCAGAGUGGGGAGGUUAUGCUCUUUUGGUUUCCCCAAAGCAAAAGUUCUUCUUCUUGCUGACGAGACUCUCAAGGUCAUAGUUCCCAAGCCGAAACAUUGGGAUGCAAUCCCUGGAGGACAUGCAUUCAUUCACUUUUUACGUCCGAGCUGUUUUUGGCAAUCGCAUCCUUUCACAUAUACGAUAUCACCCGAAAAUUCAGAGGAGAUUAUCAUGUUCAUCAAAGUGAAGGAUGGAGUAACAAGCCGUCUAUACCAUUACUUACGGACCCAUCCGGGCCGUUCCACUUCCAUCAGAGUGGCCAUUGAAGGUUCUUAUGGUGAAAAGACUCCGGCUAGUCGAUACGACUCGGCAGUUUUUGUUGCUGGAGGAAAUGGAAUUCCUGGCAUUUACGCAGAGGCCCUCGACUUGGAACGCUCCAACAACACAAAGCAAAACAUUAAACUUGUGUGGGUUAUUCGAGAGUACAAGUCGCUUUACUGGUUCUACGAAGAACUUCUUUCGUUGAAUAAUUCGUCUAUCGACACAAUUGUCUACGUCACAAAGCCAGAUUCUGAUUCGUGCUUGGAAGACUUCGAGUUGAGAAUCCCACAGGAAGAAGCCACUCAUGAUACCAAAUUGUUAGCACAUCCCAAACCAAAUUAUAAUUCGACUUCCACAACUAUCAAUGCUAAGGCAAUUAUUCUGCGAGUGAAAAGUGAACUCUCGCAUGUCGAUUUCAAACAUGGUAGACCGUCUAUGAAAGGAUUGGUCCAUGAGAGUCUUGUAGAAUCAAAUGGUUCUACAUGCUUUGUAACCUGUGGCCAUCCAGUCAUGGUUGAUGAUUUGAGAUAUGCAGUGGUUGAUAAUAUCGGUAACAAAGAGAAGAAGAGGGUAGAUUAUUUUGAGCAGUUACAAGUAUGGGCAUGA